AUGCCCACAUGCUUGAGCGUUACUGACUGGUCUGAGAGGACUGGGUUGGAAUUUCAACUCUCCACCGCUUCCCCACAUCUCGGCGAAUCCAGAUCAGGUUAUAUGCGCUUCGCAGACUACAAGCCUCAGUCUGUCAAUCCGCCCAUGUACGGCACCAUCUGGCGCGCUUCCACCGCCGAGGCCCUCGAUGGCACUGGCAUUCUCUUCGCCCUCCUCAUCCUCGACUUCGGAUAA